UUGUUCCCCUCCCCAGUGCCGUCGCCGGAACAAUUCUUGCCGCCGACCUCCGACCGCCGCCCGCCACUGCGGCCACCGCUCUCUGGUCCUCUCUUUCUCUCUCUUCUCGCUCACCCCUCCGCCACAACGGCCAUCACUGCCGGCACUACUCGAGAGUUGGAAGUCCAUGCUUUCGUCUCACAGACUUCUGAGGCGAUUCCUCUGCACGGCCUCCUCUUCGUCCACCUCCUCGUGCCCCAAGCCAUGGCUCUUCAUCGGCCUCGGCAACCCCGGCGAGAAAUACCAGUCCACACGGCACAACGUUGGAUUUGAUAUGAUAGACGCAUUUGCGCGGUCGCAGCUCAUUCCGAUGACCACGGUCCACUGCAAAGCCCUUUUCGGCGAAGGAAUGGUUGGGGGCACACCAGUUCUUCUUGCAAAGCCACAAACUUAUAUGAAUCUGAGUGGUGAAUCCACUGGGCCACUUGCAGCAUAUUAUAAACUGCCUUUGAAUCGUGUUAUCGUGAUGUAUGACGAUAUGGACUUGUCAUGUGGAGUGCUACGUAUACAACCAAAAGGAGGACACGGACGCCAUAAAGGGAUGAAGAGUGUCAUCUACCAUUUUAGGGGGAACAGAGAAUUUGGGAGAUUAAGAAUCGGAAUUGGAAGACCACCAGGACAGAUGGAUCCUAAGGCUUUUCUGCUCCAGAAAUUCAACAGAACAGCCCGUGAGAGAAUUGAUUCUGCUUUGCAAGAAGGGGUUGAAAUCCUGAAGACACUUGUAGCCAAAGGCCUAACAGAAUGUGCAAGGUCUGCCAAUAUGGAGCAGAAGUACAAGCAUUUAAGACUUCAAACAUUACAGGAGUGACUGGUACAGUAAAAAGGGGCAAGCAAUAUUCGCCAGUAGUAUCCUCACCGUUUCCUGUGAAGUUUGAAGCAAAUGCAACGUGGUUCUUCUUUGUUCGACAUGAUAUUUGAUGCAUUGCUCUUUGCUCAGAUAAUGCCUACUUAGAAUUACAUUCCCAAAAAAUGCUACUGUGCAAGGAUAAGCAGAACCUGCUAUAUCUUAGGAGCCUCUGGAAACAAUAUCAAUUUAUUCUUCAUGGCAUAAAGAUAGUGCUAGGAGCAGGAGUGAAAAAUUAAUGUUCUUUUUUUUUGGCACAAAAAUAUAAUGUUCUUUUUUAUAGUACAAAAAUAUAAUGCUCUUUUUUUUGGUAAAAAAAAUAUAGUGUUCUUUACUGAUAGU